AUGGAGGAACAUUUUAAUGCAAUGACACUUUUUGAUUGCAAUCAUGUUGAUGAGCUGGAAGCAAUCUAUCAAUUCGAUCCGGCGUGGAGACAAAAUGCUCUUAGCUGUAGAGUUAUUUUGAUACUCCAGCAAAUGUAUAAUUUUAAUAUAACAUACAUAACUCCAGGAUGCAGUACUACAAGAAAUAAAAGUGAAGAAUUAUCUGUUUAUCCUUUUGGUAAUAAGACAGUCGAUAUUUACCUUAAACUGAUGGCUAUUACCAAUGAAAUGGUGAAUAAUGUAAAUCCUGUAGAAGCGAUAUUUGUUUGGAGGUUUGGGUUCAUCCUUCGUCGCGAAACCAAUGCUAUUAUGCGUCCAUACUACAGUCUACCAUUUUCAAAAUCCGUAUGGCUUUGUAUUCUGGGUAUUAUUAUGUUGGUAACAUUUAUUUUCUAUGUAGUAAGGAGAUGGGAGAAGUCUAUCGUUGGUAGCUUGGAGUGCAAUUUGAUUUACGAAUUUUAUAUAGCGUUUGGAGUUUUCUGUCAACAUUCUUUACCAUCGCCGUCAAUUUUCUGGUCUCAAAGAAUGGCAUACUUCUUCUUCGUCAUCUUUGCUUACGUUACAAAUUCAUUCUACACGUCCAAUCUCCUUUCGUUCAUCGUCACCGAGAAGGAAGGUGAAAUGGACAUAGAAGCCUUGGCUCAUAGUGACUACAAAUUGAGAAUCUUGGAAAACAUGAAAUUGGCUACAGAAAGAAGAGUAAACUCCAUUAAUAUACAAAUGAAUGAAAUGGCUAAGAAAUUAACUCGUGCUCAAUCGAUCAAUCUAUCAGCAGGUUUAGAGGCAGUACGGAAAGAGAAGACUGCUUUAUUGUGCGAUUACCCAACUGUUUAUUCUGCAAUUGCCAGGACAUUUAACGACGAAGAUAUUUGUGAAUUAGAAGAAGUAGAUAUAUUUUCUAAUGUAAAAAUGUAUCUUAGUGUUGGAAAACAAUUCAAAUAUACAGAACAACUAAAGAUGGGGUGA